GUACACUUGUUGCCGUGGUGACGUCUAACAAGACUCAUGUAGGCUACGUGUAGGGAAGGGUUUUGAGAAAUAAUGUUUGUUUACCGUUUCAAUAUAGGCCUACUUUUCACGUAAUGAAAGACAAUAUGUGCUCAAGUAGCUAGUGUUUCACUUGCUUCAAUAAACGGUGGGAAUACAGAGAGCUGAAACUGUCCAUUUGCUGAAAUUUGAACAGAAAGAGGCUUGUCAAAAUGUUUAAAAAUGAGUAUCAGGGAGGACCCUCAGUGGAGGUCUUCAGUGCACAAGGGAAAGAUCCUGUGGCCAAAUGGAAGCUGUGUGGUGGCUCAUCAGGAAUCAGUAAAGAGUUUGAUAAGGCGCUGAAGGGAUUUGUCUACAGCUUGGAGGGGAGCAGCCAGACAAACAGGAUGCAGAUACCACGGGAUAGCAAAACGGCCCUUGGACUGGUUCAGAAGUGCUUAGUCCUUCAAGUGAAAGUCCCUUUUGGUAAAGAUUUCUCCACAGAACUUCUGAUUACCGAUACAGAUCAUUUGAAGAGGAGACUGUACCUGUCAACGGUUAACAAAGAAGUUUCAGCUACCCCCCUUCAUGCCCGAAUUCCUUUUACGAGUCUUCCUCGCGAUGUGUGGUGCAGCAUGUACAUCGACGUGGAGUCGCUCACGCGAGGCCUGUUCAAAGGAGCGGCGUUCCUGUACCUGGACGCCAUCAGCAUAUCCGCCUCGUGCAAGGUCCGGCGGAUCUUCACUGUGAAAGCUGAGCCCUUGGAUGCGGACACAGGCAGCCACAUCUCCAUCCAUGCCCCACCCCCAGAGGAGGUCCCCCGAGGUUGCCAGUUUCCAGCUGAGAUCCAGCACGUCACCCAAAUCAUCAACACCAACACCCUCAUCACCACCGACACCAGGGCCGCACCCCUUAAAACAGACACCGCCGAUGUGAUGGAGAGGGCUGCCGUGCCGCCAAGAAAAGGGAGCCGCAUGGUGGUUGGGGCUGGGAAUCGAUCCAAAUUUCCUGGAUCGAUUCGAUUCCGAUCCAGAAGGUCACGAUCCAAUUCGAUCCACGAUCCGAUUCGAUUCGAUUCAAUAUCGAUCUUCUGUAUUGCUGGGUUGUCCCUUUUACUGUAUUGGCAGCCCAAGUCCGGUGCUCCAUCCAGCGUCAGGGCCAGCAGUUCCCGUAGCAACAGCAGCAGCAUCAGCAGCAUCAGCAUCAUCAGCACCACUAGCACCUCCAGCUCCCGGGGCCCAGACUCCUCACACGUGGCCUUUGGCUCCAGGAUAGCUGGCCCACGACCGCCUCCGCCCACAGGGAAGAAAAGUGUCCCAGUGCCUCCCCCUCCUCCUCCUCCUCCUCCUCCUCCUCCUCUCAGACGUAAUGACAAGGAGGCGCAGGACAGGGAGAACAGCAGCGGCCUCUCAGGUAACCUUCCCAAGCAGGAGGCCGUAAGCAACUGCCGGUGUUCUCAAGUCUCGGAGCCACAGUAUCUUUGCAUCUUUGACCGAGACAGCAAGUCUCCUGUCUCCUGUCCCCUGCGACUCCACCCUCACAGCCCACCAGGCAGGUCCAGGAAGUUGCAGCCGCGUCCUCCCCCGGCUGCUGACAGGACAGCAGCGUCUGGAAGCCACCCGGCAGCCAGGAGACCUCAGGUGCGCAGCGCGGAGAGGACAGCAGCGUCUGAAGGCCACCAGUCAGCCAGGAGACCUCAGGUGCGCAGCGCGGAGAGGGAGAGGCCUGGACCAGCAGGUAGAGGAAUUGCAGCUCAGCCACAGAAAGAGGAGCGGGAGCCAUGCCAGGCCUCUGCUGCUCUUCAUGCCAAACAGCCCUGGUUUGCCGUUGCCGUGGCCGUUGCCGACGGAACAGCAGAUGCUUCAGAAGACGAGGUGGCAUCUCAGUGCUCGCUGGACGACGGUUGUCUGGACGCCACUGCCACUGCCGCCGCUGACCAAGAAACCGGACAGCAGCUCGAUGAGCAUCAGCAGCCGCCGCUCGCCCCACUGCUCGCCCCACUGCUCGCCCCGCCGUCGACGCCUGUCCCCCACGGCACGUCGCUGCUGGCGCCUCUCACGGCCCCAUCAGCUCCAGGGGAGGGGGGUGACAGUGACGAGAGUGACAACGAACAACUGCCUCAUGUCCGGGAAGAGGACGAGGAAGAGGAGGACGAGGAGGAGGAGGAGGAGGAAGAGGAGGAGGUGUUUACUUUCUCGUCACGGCCACACUCUGCCAGGCGGGUGCAGGGCGUCAGCAGCAGCAUGCAGGAGAUGACCUUUGACCUCAGCAAGCCACGCCACCAGGAGGACGGACACAGAGGAGGAGGAGGAGGAGGAGGAGGAGGAGGAGGAGGAGGAGGAGGCGGCGGCCUACGCAGGGAAGUGCUACCCGAGGACGACUUUAUUGGCAGCGAGAGUGAGGAGGAAGACGUGUACUCCAAGUUCCUUCUUCAGAGGCGUUCUGUGCAUUCCAGUCCCGCCCCUCCUCAUCACUCGCCACGCCUGUCCUGUUCAGGGUCAGGGUCAAGGUCAGGAUCGAGCGCCAGCUCCGGCGGCAGGCCUCCCAGUGAAGGCAGCGGCGGCAGGCCUCCCAGUGAAGGCAGCGGCGGCAGGUUGUCCAGCGAACCCAACCAGAAGAGCCCCAGAUCUGCAGCGGUGGAGGAGGCAACAGAGGCACCAAUAAGCAUCGCCACCUAUGCCAGUUCCAAGGGAGCCAAGCCCAGCUCUAUUGCCACAACCAGGGACUCAGGAUCGGGCUCCCGUCCAGGCUCGGGGUCAGAGACAGGCUCCAGCCGUAGCACAGACAAGGGACCAGGUGUCACCACCACUGAGGGCCCAAGGAGAGCAGAGACCAGCAUUGUUUCCCUGACCAGGGUCCCAGUGUUGGGGUCCCGUCCAGGCUCAGGGUCAGAGACAGGCUCCAGCCGUAGCAGGAGCCAGGGGCCAGGUUUCACCACCACUGAGGGCUCAAGGAGAGCAGAGACCAGCUCUAUUGCCCUGACAAGGGUGCCAGGGUCGGGCUCCCAUCCAGGCUCGGGAUCAGAGUCAGGCGGUCCUUCAAGCAGGCCUUCAAGUGCACCCAGCCCCAGCUGGACGAGUCUAACCACCACAGCAGUAGGCCCACCAGCUCAGGCACCACCAGGCAUCACCGUCACAGAAGGCUCCAGGAGGGUGGAGCACUCCAGCAGUGUCGCCCCAAGCCGCUGCCUGUCGCCCUCCACCCUGUCGCCCUCUGCCCUGUCGCCCUCUGCCCUGUUGCCCUCUGCCCUGUUGCCCCCUGCCCGUGUCUCCAGCAGUGUUGCCCCAACCCGCUGCCUGUCACCCUCUGCCCGUGUCUCCAGGCUGGGUAUCAGACAGGAGCGGCCUAGUGGACCCGACGGGGACUGGAGGAGGACAUCACUGAGCAAGAGGUCACUGAGGGAGAUCGCUCCAGAGGAACUGAGGUUUCAGAUGGAGGACCGAGGACAGACAGCUGUGCCCACGUCAGGCGCUGGUGACCUGCUGCACCCUCCUCCUGUUAAAGACGAGGAGGUAAAGGAGCACCAGGAGGAGCAGGAGGAGGAGGAGGAGGAGGAGCUGCGUAUGCUGGCCAGCCUGUGUCGCGAGCAGAGGGAGGAGGAGGCGGAGGAGGAGGAGGAGGAAGGCGAGGAGGGCGGCGGGGCUCACGGCCUGAGCGCAUCCCAGCGGCGCCGCUGCCACGUCAGCCUCAGCCUCAGCAGCGAUGACACCAGCACCUGGACACAGAUAUACACACUGCCAGAUCAGCAGGGCCAGCACUAUCAGACGGAGAUGAACCCCUUGAGGCACUCCAAUCCCCGGGAAUGGAUGGAUGUGCUCAGCCCUCCCAUUAUCCCCCCCAGCCAGCAGAGGUCAAAGGGCAGAGAUGACCUCAGCAAGGUCGCCGCUGAAGCCAUUCAAGAUCCCCAAUGCAGUGGUGAAGAGUUUCUGAAUUUACUGUAUGAUUCAAGCCUGAACUGCUACUUCGACCCCGAGUCUGGAAAAUACUAUGAACUGGCGUAACUGUGGGCCUACAGUUGAUCAUCUGUUUGUUUAUAUACCUGGCUGGCUAUAAUAUGUAAAAUGUGUGUAUUUCUUUACAAAUUAUUGCCAUAUAGUGAUGGCAAUAAAAUCACAAGGAAAUGUUUGUAUUCCAUGUACUCCAAAAAGGAAAAUGUAGGCUACGUGUUUUAUUGAGCAAAAUAUUGAUCAAGUUGAUGCUGGAAUAAAAGAGUGAUUGUGGAA